CGCUGCCUCUCGCUGCGUUAGCUCCAGGCAACGUUUCCAAUGCUCCCAGAGGUUUCAUGUUUGCGGGAACGGCCGCGCAUAAGGUACUUCGGCGGCCGGUAUUACUACGGAUCCAUAGAGAUCAUGGAUGCGAGAGGUAGCGUCAGCGCCACGCUGGUACAUACGGUAUGCAACCGUCGAAAUUGCAUCAGCACGACAUUGCGAUAUUGAUACGGAACUCCAACUCGAUGUUAAUCCUGCCGUAAGUGCUCAGUACCGCAAAAGGGAAGGCGAGCAUCAGGAGUUAUUGGAGAGGCUGGCCCGGAUGUUCGAGCUCAACGGACAUAUCGAUUUCUCGAGGCGGCGGCACCAGCAUUGUUAAUGUGUUAGAUGGCACCGCAUCCAUCAACGAUGCGAAGUCGUACCAGGAGAGACCGGGAUGUUAAGA